CAGAUAAUGAUUUGUCAUACAGUUUCAACAGUCACAUUAUAUACCAUCAUAUUCUAUUUCAUAAAUAUUAUAGCAGUAAGACCUGCCCAGCCAUCAUCUUGUGAUCCUGUUUCAACUUGUGCUGUACCCACACCUGUGCAGCCAUUACGGGCUAAGUAUCUAGCUCGCUUAUAGAUAGAUAUAGGAUAUGAGAUUUUGUUUUGGCAGCGGGAAUUAGAACUUAUGAAUCAAGCUGAAGAAGCCGGACCUGGACUUAUUUCCUUUAAGAAGCUAAACAUUACCAAAAAGAAAGAUUUACUGUGAACACUGCAGGAUUAAAGAAACCUUUCCUGGCACUAUGACCAUCUCUGAUCCCAACACACUGGUUCUGUCCAUCAUUUUAUGCCUUUUUCUUGCCCUACUUUUCUUUGGAUGGAAAAAAAAUGAUCGCUAUAAUCUGCCACCUGGACCCAGACCGUUACCAAUCAUUGGAAACCUUCACAUUCUAGACCUGAAGAAACCGUAUCAGACACUUCAUCAGCUCUCUAAGAAGUAUGGACCGGUGUACACCAUUCAAUUAGGAGUGGAGAAAGCCGUUGUACUGUGCGGAUAUGAGGCAGUGAAAGACGCCCUUGUCAAUCAUGCAGACGAAUUUUUGGGAAGAGCAAAAGUGCCAAUUUUUGAAGAAAUAUCAAAAGGGCACGGAGUUAUUUUUUCUCACGAUGAGAACUGGAGAGUGAUGAGACGAUUCGCUCUUUCAACUCUUAGAGAUUUUGGAAUGGGAAAAGAAGCCAUCGAAAGCAAGAUUUCUGAAGAAAGUGAUUUUUUGGUAAAGAAGCUAAAAUCUUACAAAGGAGAGCCCUUUGAUAACACCAUGAUUAUAAACGCAGCUGUAGCCAACAUUAUAGUCUCCAUCUUACUGAGUAAACGAUUUGAUUAUGAAGAUCCUGCACUUCUGAAGCUUUUAAAGAUCAUUACUGAAAAUAUCAAAUUAGUUGGAAGUCCAAUGGCUACGCUGUACAAUGCCUAUCCAUCACUGAUACACUGGUGUUCAAGUAUCCAUACAGUAGUUAUGAGGAAUGUGGAUGAACUGCAUGAGUUUGUUCGUGAAACCUUCACCAACCAGAAAAAAAUACUGGAUGUUAAUGACCAGAGGAACCUUAUUGACGCCUUCCUGGUGAAACAACAAGAGGAAAAAACGAAUUUGAAAUUAUGUUUUACUAAUGAAAAUCUAGAGGUGCUUGUGACGGACCUCUUUUCUGCUGGCAUGGACACAACCUCAACAACUCUGAGAUGGGGUCUUCUUCUGAUGAUGAAAUAUCCAGAAAUCCAAAGUAAGGUCCAAAAUGAGAUUGAAAAAGUUAUUGGGUCAGCUGUGCCCCAAGCAAGUCAUCGCAAAGCCAUGCCUUAUACUGAUGCCGUCAUCCAUGAGAUUCAACGUUUUGGAAACAUUGUUCCAACUAACCUGCCACACGCUACUACUAAAGAUGUCAACUUCCGGGGAUAUCUUCUGCCCAAAGGGACAUACGUGAUACCGCUACUGACCUCUGUACUAUACGACAAGGAUCAUUUCGCAAAAGCUGAUGAGUUCUACCCGGAACACUUUCUGGAUUCCAGUGGAAAUUUUGUAAGGAAAGAAGCAUUCAUGGCUUUCUCAGCUGGUAAAAGAAGUUGUGCUGGAGAGAGCUUGGCCAAAAUGGAGCUGUUCCUGUUCUUCACAAGACUACUGCAGAACUUCAUGUUCCAGUCUCCUCCUGGGGCUGCACUAGACCUGAACCCUGCGAUAGGAUUUAUAGCUGGACCACUGCCCCAUAAGAUAUGUGCUAUACCCCGUGUAUAACCUUUGAGUAUCUUUGAGUAUCACUUACAUUGAAAAUUCGAACUAGGUUUCUAAGUGGGAACUACCAUAAAUAAGAUGCUACCAUUUACCUACUUGUAUCCUAAAUUUAUAUGUAUGUCUACUAGCCACCAAUUGCCCUUGUCUAUGCAUUGGUAACCUCUUGGGAUAACCUACAUAUGUGGUCCCCAUAAGAACAGGAACAUAAUUGUAUACUUUGUGGUUAGCUUGGUGGCACAAUCAUUUUCAGGAAGUAUUUGAAGUACACUAUACUUGCAUGAAUCUAGAAAAUGGAUAGAGGUCUGUUAUGAAGAGAUAAUACUUUUUAAGCUAAUGUCCUCCAAAUCAACUCAAGUCAAUUUCUUCCAAGUCAACAUCCUGCAAACCAGUAUGUCUUGAGAGGAACCUUGCAAGGUCAAUAUAAUGGUGAUUACAUUACAAAGAAAUCUAUUCAAAAUCAACAAGAUUUCUUUGUAAUUUUAACUACCACAUCAUUAAUCUUCAAGUGCAUUUGGAUGCUCCACGUGAGCAGGCAAUUAUCGGGACUGGACCUUUCUUCUUGAAAACUGCCUGCUGGUCAAUGUAUGUAGGUGAAGAGCUGCAUUUACAUGCAAGCCAUCGCUUGUCUUCAUACAGAUUCAUAUUCCUGAGCAGCAGAUCGCUGUUCACCCAGCACAAUAUGCUGCCCAGAAGUGAUUAUUAUUUGCUCAUGUAUUUUAAAAAAAUGAAAUAUAAAAAUUGAAAAAUAAAAAAAUAGCAUCAUCGGUA